CUCUUCUAUCUUCCCUACACAGAAAUGGCCAAGUCGAAGAAUCACACGGCGCAUAACCAGUCGGCUAAGGCCCACAAGAACGGAAUCAAGAAGCCAAGGAGGCACCGUCACACUCCCACCAGAGGGAUGGACCCUAAGUUCUUGAGGAACCAGAGGUACGCAAGGAAGCACAACGUCAAGAGCGGCGAGAAUGCCACCGCUGAAUAAUAAGCUUCUUCAUUCUUCCCUCUGAGACUCUUUUAGUAGAGAAUCUUUUUUUCGUUUGAUUUUAUGUUUCCGCAAAUGGUUUUCUGUACUCUUUUAAUCCUGGAUUUAAUUUAAUAUCAGAGAUUUUAAAUUUUAUAAGUUUCAUUUCUUGAUUUGAUUUAGCUCGUUUAAUUGUUCACGUCGAAUUACUUAGAAUUGGAAUCUG